UCUGUUAACUAGUUCCCUCUCCUAACUUCCUCUCACUCACUUCCUUCUGCUGUGCAGAGACUUAAACUGACUCUCCCACAUAGAAACGCCCUGAACUCAGCACAUCUAGUUAUAGCCCAGAGCUUGUUAUCUAAAGCCACCACCAAAACUUCUUCCUCAGCCUUAACAGAAUUUGUCCCCAGCCACUAGCAGCCACCACCAGAACUUCUUCUCUGAACACUAUCAGGACAUCUACCAAAGCCACCGCCAGAACAUCUCUAACCACUGUCAGAGCAUAUCCCAGAGCCAUCUCCAGAACUUCUUCUCUGACCACCAUCAGAACAUUGGCCCAGGCCACCACCAGGACCUCUCCAGCAGCCACCAGAUCUUGUCUCCAGAGCAGGACCUUUUCUCUAUUCAUUUUAAGAAGCUCAAAGCAUUCAAGAGAACAUCUACCACUCACAGUACAUAGUCCACCAACCAGAGGACAUCUCUCCUGUACAAAGCUAUGAUCGGUGAGUUAUCCCCCCUAAAUCCUAUCCCUGGGUGGGAUUAUUUGAGGGGUCUGAAUAGGAGAUGCUGAAAAGGGUUUGAUUUGGGACAUUUGUUUGAAUGAUCAUGGGUAUCUAUGCGAUAGCGAAUUUCUGUGUUUGCAUAUGUCUGACUGUGAAUUGAUUUAACAUUUCUGAGUGUGAGUUGUUGAUAGAGGUCUGAGUUGAGCCUUAACCGAUGGUCCUUAAUCCUAGGUCAGGACCCAAAAUGGUGUUUCAGAGGUAUUUCAUUGGGUCCAGGUAGCUGGCUACAAUAUAUGACUUUCUAUAGUGUUACGGUCUUCUCCAGUGCAAUAGACGAUACGGACUGGUUGACAGUGGGAAGAGGGUUUACAAAAAGUAUUUUCUUAUAUGUAAUAUGUAUUAACAAAGAAUGGGUCACUGAGCUAAUUUUAAUGGGUCACCACCAAGCAACGGCUAUGUACAUUAGUUCGCAUCCCGUCAAAACAAGGUUAAUGACCUCUCUCCGUAAGGGUCCUUAAAACAGAUGACAAAAGGCAAUAUAGUCCAAGUGAACGAAGAGAGCACGGUAAGUGUCACAGGUAGAUGUUUCUAACAGAGAGUGAGAGGUACCAGUGUCUGAUGUAUAGGACCUCCAGGUACCUGGCUAGAAUACUGGCUUUAAUGCUCCAUACGGUUCAAAGAUGAAUGAACUUAGGGGGUCUCAGAAGGAUGAGUAACACACUCACUGAAUUUCCCUCAAUAUAAUCACCACCACCGUUGCCCUCAAGGAGUUAAUAAUAGACCAUUCUUUGGAAUCAUUGUGAGCGACCCAUCCCUUAUUAAAUAACUCCAGUCAUUAUCCAUCGAAGCAAAGAGGAAACUGACACUUAGAACUGGAAAUUAUAUAUAGAGCCAUCAUAUUGGAGGCUGGGAAACAAACUAUUAAUAAUUCAGAAAGUGGUCUUUAACCCUUUUCAUGCCAGUGGAAAGUAGAUAGCACAUCCUCCUUUUGGGAAACUAUGACACCGUGUUUUAAUGUUUUCGCCUGCCCCUGGGUUAUACCAACAUGGUAACGUGACACCUAAUGGAGGGAAAUAAAUGGCCACGAAGAGUGGCCCUAAACAGUGGCAUUUAAAAAGUGGGAGAAGAACCAAAAGAUUUGGGAAAGGAGAUAAUAAUGGAUGCAUCUGAUGCUGGGUGUGAAUAUUUACCCAUACUGUGUCUGUAGCUGGGUGAGGGUUGGGUACCAUGGCUGAGUUUGUGGCUGAAUGGGGGCUAAGAUCCCAGGCUUUAUAAGUGACAUGAUAAGGGGUGGGUACCAAUCUCUAGCUGCUGUGGAGUGGGUACCAGGCUGUAUCUGUGGCAGGGUGAGGGAUGGGUACCAGGCUGUAUCUGUGGCAGGGUGAGGGGUGGAUACCAGUCUGUAUGUGUGGCAGGGUGAGGGGUGGGUAACCAGGCUCUAACUGUUGCAGGGUGAGGUGUUGGUACCAGGCUGUAUCUGUGGCAAGGUAAGGUGUUGGUACCAGGCUGUAUCUGUGGCUGGGUUAAGUGUGGGUACCAGGCUGUAUCCGUGUGGCUGGGUGAGGGGUGGGUACCAGGCUGUAUCUGUGGCAGGGCAAGGGGUGGGUCCCAGGCUGUAUCUGUGGCUGGGUGAGGGGUGGGUACUAGGCUAUAUCUGUGGCAGUGUGAGGGGUGGGUACCAGGCUGUAUAUGUGGCUGGGUGAGGGGUGGGUACCAGGCUGUAUCUGUGGCAGGGCGAGGGGUGGGUACCAGGCUGUAUCUGUGGCAGGGUGAGGGGUGGGUACCAGGCUGUAUAUGUUGCUGGGUGAGGGGUGGGUACCAGGCUGUAUCGGUGGCAGGGCGAGGGGUGGGUGCCAGGCUGUAUCUGUGGCAGUGUGAGGGGCGGGUACCAGGCUGUAUAUGUGGCUGGGUGAGGGGUGGGUACCAGGCUGUAUCUGUGGCAGGGCGAGGGGUGGGUACCAGGCUGUAUCUGUGGCUGGGUGGGGGGUGGGUCCCAGGCUGUAUCUGUGGCUGGGUGACGGGUGGGUCCCAGGCUGUAUUUGUGGCUGGGUGAAGGGUGGGUACUAGGCUAUAUCUGUGGCAGUGUGAGGGGGGUACAGCCACAGGCUGUAUAUGUGGCUGGGUGAGGGGUGGGUACCAGGCUGUAUCUGUGGCAGGGCGAGGGGUGGAUACCAGGCUGUAUCUGUGGCAGGGAGAGGGGUGGGUACCAGGCUGUAUAUGUUGCUGGGUGAGGGGGUGGGUACCAGGCUGUAUCUGUGGCAGGCGGUGGGUCCCAGGCUGUAUCUGGCUGGGCGAGGGGUGGAUACCAGGCUGUAUCUGUGGCAGUGUGAGGGGCGGGUACCAGGCUGUAUAUGUGGCUGGGUGAGGGGUGGGUACCAGGCUGUAUCGGUGGCAGGGCGAGGGGUGGGUGCCAGGCUGUAUCUGUGGCAGUGUGAGGGGCGGGUACCAGGCUGUAUAUGUGGCUGGGUGAGGGGUGGGUACCAGGCUGUAUCUGUGGCAGGGUGAGGGGUGGGUACCAGGCUGUAUCUGUAGCAGGGUGAGGUGUUGGUACCAGGCUGUAUCUGUAGCAGGGUGCGGUGUUGGUACCAGGCUGUAUCUGUGGCAGAGUGAGGGGUGGGUACCAGGCUGUAUCUGUAGCAGAGUGAGGUGUUGGUACCAGGCUGUAUCUGUGGCAGAGUGAGGGGUGGGUACCAGGCUGUAUCUGUAGCAGAGUGAGGUGUUGGUACCAGGCUUUAUCUGUGGCUGGGUGCGGUGUUGGUACCAGGCUUUAUCUGUGGCUGGGUGCGGUGUUGGUACCAGGCGGUAUCCGUGUGGUGAGGUUCCAGUACAGGGCGUCUUUAGGGUAUAUGUUCAAUUCAGUGUAUUUGCAAACUGUUGAAAAGUGACAGGAAAUUUAGAAAUGCCGCUGUGGAUGGGCUCAUAGUGAUCUCUAGUGGAGUAUCUCAGCUUUAUGCUCAGACAUUACUCAUUGCUAAAGUUCUAAUCAUGUCUUCUCCUUUGAAGCUUCACCAGUUGGAGAAGCAAGUGACUGGAAAGGUUUUUGGGACAAUGGGAUUCGUGGUGGGGGAUCGUGGUGAUUUUUACAAUACAGAUUAUAACUAGUAACGUGUUUUGGCAACUAGCAUCUAUCUUUGCAUACUUGGUAUCGGUUCAUGUUCCAUUUUGGUAAUAAUUUCCAUACAAUUCUCUUUUUGCAAGUAGCCCAUAUUAAGCUCGAAAGCUUGUAAAAGUUGGUCAGCCGAUACAAAAGAUCCUAAUAGUCCUGGCUUAAAGUUUCAAGUCUUACGCCCAUUAAUAAGGCUUUUAAAGUUACGUGCCACUGCAAAGCUGGCACACUCACCAGGGCUGAAUUCCUACAUGCCAGGGCUAGUGGUAAGUGGAAAUGUUGAGAACUGGUCAUAGUACAUAAUGCCCUUAGAAUACAUAGCUAUCUUGACUAUCCAUCUCACACCUAACAUCCUCCUAACCUCAACACAACUUUUUCUUUAUGGCUCUCAAGCUACUUGGUUGAAUCUUUGUCUUCCUUAGGCUCCCCUCUUAUUCUCAAAACUAUGUUUGGGGGGAAGAGGGGGAUCCAGACAAUGCACUCAGUUUGCUUGGCGGAUACAACCAAGCAAAAUUUACCAUGGAGAGAUCACCUCUAUUGAAGUUACAUGGAAUUAUAUGAAGAAAAAAGAAAAAAACUACCAUUAAGUGUCUCAACUUCAUAAUAGAUAUUGUCACACUUGGAAUGAACUGUGACAUAGAAACAUAGAAUGUGACAGCAGAUAAGAACCAUUCGGCCCAUCUAGUCUGCCCAAUUUUCUAAAUACUUUCAUUAGUCCCUGGCCUUAUCUUAUAGUUAGGAUAGCCUUAUGCCUAUCCCACGCAUGCUUAAACUCCUUUACUGUGUUAACCUCUACCACUUCAGCUGGAAGGCUAUUCCAUGCAUCCACUACCCUCUCAGUAAAGUAAUACUUCCUGAUAUUAUUUUUAAACCUUUUGUCCCUCUAAUUUAAGACUAUGUCCUCUUGUUGUGGUAGUUUUUCUUCUUUUAAAUAUAGUCUCCUCCUUUACUGUGUUGAUUCCCUUUAUAUAUUUAAAUGUUUCUAUCAUAUCCCCCCUGUCUCGUCUUUCCUCCAAGCUAUACAUGUUAAGAUCCUUUAACCUUUCCUGGUAAGUUUUAUCCCGCAAUCCAUGAACCAGUUUAGUAGCCCUUCUCUGAACCCUCUCUAAGGUAUCAAUAUCCUUCUGAAGAUACGGUCUCCAGUACUGCGUACAGUAAUGGGAUCUAUUAUGACGUUGAGACAGUUAAUGGUAGUUUUUUUCUUUUUUCUUUAUAGAAGUUAACAAUUUAGGGGUUAUCCCCCAUUUUUUCCUACCAGUAUUGUGUCUCAUAUCUUUAUUUAGGCUCUGUUCUUUUCUUUUUUGAGUUACCUAUACCUGGAAUUAUAUUUCUGUAAAGGGUAGGCACUCUUCCAACAAAGGACAGUACCUCCCUGAAAUUAUGCUUAAAGACAGCAUGAGCAUACUUAUUACAUCCAUUUAUAUUCACAUGCCUAGUGUCCUUUAAGGCAAGACUUCAUUCGGGCUGCCUGUGAGUGGGGCCAUGCUAUUGGCCUAUCUGUUCUGGGAUAGCACCACGAGAUGGGGUUCCAGUGCCCACAGGAGAGAGAAUCAAGAUGGCUUGUUACUUCCAAGAUGCCCUCGUAUCACUGUGUUGUGGAUAGCCUGGAAAGUAGUGGUGGUGGUGAUAGACAGAUACCAAAAUAUGAACAAUUAAUAUAGCAUUACCCAUACUGAACAUACAAAGGAAGAUGAAGUCCCCUGCGUGAGUCACGUCUGUUGAUGGUGAGCCCUUGCAGGGUGAGGACACAAUGCUGGACAUCAGAUGUCACGGUGCCUAUAAUUUAUGUGACAGCAGUGAUGACAUCAACACACCUGACCCAAGAUUUAACUGUUGAUUGCCUGUACAGUUUAUCUCCAUCUUGGUCAGGGCGAUUGGGAACUUAUAUCGAAGGCAUUAGUCCGUUCCCGGUGAAUCCAGACUUGGUGGGUGAGGGCUUUUUAUUCUUCUCUGGAGAAGACUCUUCAAGAGUCAGAUGUAAAAGAACAUACAGGUCUAGAGCAGUAAUAAGCUAACUCGGGUAUGCUGUAGGGGAUUGUCAGACUCCACUCGGCAUAGCCUUGUGUGCUAGAUCAGGGUCAGUCAUAUAAAACAUAUAUCUGGAGUUUCAAGACACCGGUCUAACUGAGGACAAAAACAAACUCCAUUUAUAACAGACUUCAAAAUAGCACAUUGCAUUGUACUGAUAGUGGUUUUAGUCUGAAGUUGUUUGUGGUUUGUCACUUCAUUCUCACCGGCACAGCUUAAGGACUUGUCAUUGUGACCAAUACAGUAAAGAUGAUGGACUUUUUAAUGCUAACUAUACGAACUCACAAAUCUUGUAGGAGUCUCCGUUUCAGAACCUGGAACCUACUGUAUAGGAAUCCACUUGCAUCUUCCAUCCCCCAUCACAAAACUUGGAACCCAGAGGGAUCUUUCAUCUGGUUCUCCGUUUCAUUUUAAGCAAGUUCUUAACUUUAGGUAAAUUUCGCCAGCAAUCAACUUUGUCUAUAAUUUUUUUAGGCUGUGACUGUGCUACAAUGCCCUUACCUGGUCAUUAAAGGGACACUCUGUGUACCACUUUAAUGCAUAAAACUUAGCCUCAUUAAUAUGCACAAUUUGCAUAAAUAAAUAAAUGUUUUGAAGAAUGCUGCGCAAUAAGCCUGCCUCCUUAGCCACGCCCCCUCACUGUAGAAAAAUACUUCCUUAUUAGUGUAUAUACACCAUCUAAGCCUCACCAACACUGAGUGAGCAGCUUUUAAUUCACAACCUGGUAGACAGAGAAACUACAAACCGGUUGUGAUGUCCUUACAAUAUGUCUCCCUGGUUGUCCUCUCCUCCUCCUAAUGCAGGGCGUUUUGUUGUUCAUUCAGUGCUCUAUGUGGCUGAGCUGUGUACAUACAUUUGAUAAAGACUUUUUCUGGAGUGAGGGGACGUGGCUAAAGACGCCAGGUUAUGGUGCAACAUUCUGCAAAAUGAUUUUUUUAAUGCAUAACCAAUAAAUAUUUGUGUAACGCAAAAAAAUACAGUGUAUUAAUGAGGCCAAGAAAUCAAAUGCUUGCAUAGGUGCCCGAGUGUCCAUUGAAGUAAAAUGGAGUGAAUGCUACUUGAGGUCCAUGUUAAUACAAACCAAAUGUCCUGAACCUUAAUUCUUCACACCUGUUUGUUUACUAUGUAUUGAUUGGUUCUAGGGUUGCCACCUUUUUUAGAAAAAAAUACCGUCCAUGCUAAUUUGCAUAAAUAAUUAUAUAUGCAUGACGUACAUAAGCGAAUGAGAAUCAUUUGGAAGGAGAAAGUUCCCUGAACCACUGAUAAAAUAAUUACAAUGUGUGACACAGAUGCUGGAAAAAUACACCACUUCUAAUAGACCCAGUAGAGCGCUCAUGUUAAUUAAUAGGGAAAUUGGAGUGGUUAGAAGAUAUAUGUGUAACACACUCACAUGGCAUAGAACCUAGGCAGGAUAGGCUCAGGUCACAAUCGCAGGGGGAUAUAGAUAAUAUGUAGGAGGACCCAGGUGCUCAGGAGAAAGAAGAAGCUGGAACACAUGCUCCUAGUGUAUUAUCCUCAGGUGAGCACCUUUUACAGAGCCAAACAAGCUGGGCUCUCCGUGUAAUGGGCACUGUGCCUUUAAGAGCAGGAAAGUGAAGGAACUCACAGGACUUUUAAAGGCUAAAACUGUAUACUUUGUCUGACUGAAUCAGUGUGUGCAUAGCAGUGUGUGUAUGGCAGGGUGUGCAUAGCAGGGUGUGUGUAUAGCAGGGUGUGCAUGGCAGGGUGUGCAUGGCAGGGUGUGUGUAUAGCAGGGUGUGUAUGGCAGGGUGUGCAUGGCAGUGUGUGCAUAUAGCAGGGUGUGCAUAGCAGUGUGUGUGUAUAGCAGGGUGUGUAUGGCAGGGUGUGCAUGGCAGUGUGUGCAUAUAGCAGGGUGUGCAUAGCAGCGUGUGUGUAUAGCAGGGUGUGUGUAUGGCAGUGUGUGCAUAGCAUGGUGUGUGUGUAUAGCAUGGUGUGUGUAUAGCAGGGUGUGUGCAUAGCAGGGUGUGUGCAUAGCAGUGUGUGUGCAUAGCAGCGUGUGUGUAUAGCAGGGUGUGUGUAUGGCAGUGUGUGCAUAGCAUGGUGUGUGUAUAGCAUGGUGUGUGUAUAGCAGGGUGUGUGUAUAGCAGGGUGUGUGCAUAGCAGUGUGUGUGCAUAGCAGUGUGUGUAUAGCAGUGUGUGUAUAGCAGGGUGUGUGCAUGGCAGUGUGUGUGCAUGGCAGUGUGUGUAUGGCAGUGUGUGCAUAGCAUGGUGUGUGUAUAGCAGUGUGUGUAUAGCAGGGUGUGUGCAUAGCAGUGUGUGUAUAGCAGUGUGUGCAUAGCAUGGUGUGUGUAUAGCAGUGUGUGCAUAGCAGUGUGUGUAUAGCAGUGUGUGCAUAGCAGUGUGUGCAUAGUAGUGUGUCAUUGUCUAAAUGUGUAUAACAGUAUGUGCUGACUGUUAUCUGAGUGUGUGUCAGUGUCUGUAUACUGUGAGUGUGUGUCUACUAUGUCUGUAUGUAGUUGUGUGUAUAUAGAAUAUAACAAUGCGUGUACAUACCAUUUAAAACAAAGGUGGAUAUUCUGAUUCCAUUUCUCUCACCAUUCUCCUAUCAGACUGCUGAAUGCAUGCACACACUGCUAAAUUCAAACACACACACACUGCUAAAUACAAACACACAGACUGCUGAAUACAUACACACACAGACUGCUAAAUACAAACACACAGACGGCUAAAUACAAACACACACAGUCUGCUGAAUACAAAUACACAGACUGCUGAAUACAGAGAUUGCUAAAUUCAAACACACACAGACUGCUGAAUACAAACACACACAGACUGCUAAAUACAAACACACAGACUGCUGAAUACAUACACACACUGCUAAAUACAAACACACAGACUGCUAAAUACAAACACACAGGCGGCUAAAUACAAACACACAGACUGCUGAAUACAAACACACACAGUCUGCUGAAUACAAAUACACAGACUGCUGAAUACAGAGAUUGCUAAAUUCAAACACACACAGACUGCUAAAUACAAACACACAGACUGCUGAAUACAAACACACACAGACUGCUAAAUACAAACACACAGACUGCUGAAUACAUACACACACUGCUAAAUACAAACACACAGACUGCUGAAUACAUACACACACUGCUAAAUACAAACACACAGACGGCUAAAUACAAACACACACAGACUGCUGAAUACAAACACACACAGACUGCUGAAUACAAACACACAGACUGCUGCCUACAGAGAUUGCUAAAUACAAACACACAAAGACUGCUGAAUACAAACACACACAGACUGCUGCAUACAGUGAUUGCUAAAUACAAACACACACAGACUGCUGAAUACAAACACACACAGACUGCUGAAUAUAAACACACACACACAGUGCUAACUACACACAUACACAGCUAAAUACAUAUACACAGACUGCUGCAUACGGAGACUGCUGAAUACAAACACACAGACUGCUGAAUACACACUCAAACACUGCUAAUUACACACACAUACAGUAUUUCUAAAUACACAGACUGCUGAAUACACACACACACACGUAGCUGCUCUCAGAACUCAGUCCUACUGCCAUGCUUCCAUCUGUGUGUAUUUUAGCUCCUCCCACUCCUCCCAUGCGGAGCCUAUCAGUGGAGAGGAUGGGACAUGCUGUGACUUCCUGUCCUUGCCCUCUCCACAUAGCCCAGGCACCAAGUCUUCUUACCUUGACCUGAGAGCUCUGCACACCCUGGUGGCAGGAGGAAUCUGGAUUUAGUGAUCCAAACCUUUGAAUCCAUUAUCGCCCAGAGAGUGGUAGACCUGCAUCAAUAUGCAGAUUCUCCGUCACAGUUCCUGGAACGUUCUCUGCUAGCCAGCCAGGCCUUAACCCAUGGGCUAUGAGUUUGUUUUGUCAGCCUUAGAACAUGGAACCUCAGGAUAGCAUGAGCACAUAACAGUGGUGGAGACAAGAUGGAGGCACCUUGUUGUAGCAUAGACAUAAUACAGAGGUGCAGACGUUUACAUUUUAUUUUUCAGGCUCACAAUCACAUGAAAAUAUAAAAUAUAAAUAAAUCAAAUUAAAAAAACCUCUGGAAGUGUCGGUUCCUGUUUAAAAAACAUGCCAUACUCUGCUAUCUGUGAGCAAUUUAUAACAACAUUACCUCCGUAUCCUCUUAUAGAUAUUAGUUUGGAGAUAAAAAAGGUGAUAGACUUUUCACAUGUAGCUGAGGUCAUCCAACUGGGGAGCUUCCCUUUCGACCAUUGUAUUUGCCCUAAAAGCUCCUUUAUGUCAGAAUGUCUGUAUUGACACUGGGAGAGCUUCUAAUAGACGACAUGUAGCCCAGUGAUCUCAAGUACCAUUUCUCGCUAAUUGUAGGCAAAUGUACGCAAAUACUACUCCGUCGCUGUGUCUAGCCAUGAGCUUGAAUCAAUGUGUGAGUAUGUGUCUGCGAAAGUGCAAGUAUUUUUUUGUGUUUGUGUGUUAUUCACCAUCAUUGUGUAUGUAUGUUGUGAUAUGUGUGUCAAGGUUGUGUUUGUGUGUAUUGAUGUAUGUGAGUCAGAACUGUUAAUUGUAUCCUGUGUUUCAUGGCUAUUACUGUGUCUGUGUGUGUAUGUUUCAGGGCCCUGUGCCAUUGAGUGUGUUUGUGGCAAUGCUCUUACUGUGUGUGUGUGUGUAUGCAGCUCUAUGUCAUUGUCUGUGUAUCUACUUUUGUUUUUAUGUGUUAAGCUGUUAUAAAAUAUCUCUCUGUGGGUGAAUGUGUCUGUCAAGGAUGUUUCUCUGUCUUUUGUGUGUGGAUGAUUCUAUCAAGUCUGUUUCUCUCUCUCUCUUUCCAUGUGUGUGUAUGUGUCUGUCAGGGAUGUUACUCUCCAUGGAUGUGCGUGCAGGUCUGUUACAAUGUAUAUGUGUGCAGGGGAUGAGUGUAGGUGAGUGGGGGGCAUGUGUGUGUGUGUGUGUGUUCAAUAUAUAUAUAUAUAGAGAGAGAGAGCCCCUAACCCCUCUGUUCCUGUGCGUCCAACUAGUCUGGUUACAUGUACGUGUUUGUUAGUCCACCCAUUGUACAGCGCUGCGGAAUUUGUUGUCUCUUUAUAAAAAAUAAUAUCUAAUGCCCCCCUUUGCCUUGUGCUGUUACUGCAAUGUGUCAGAUAAGUGAAAGGGUUGCUCUGAGCUUAAGGCUCUGCUGAAAACAAGAAGUGACACUUUGUUCCUGUUUUACUGACAUUGUAACUGGGUGACACAUGUGACUGUUACACUUAACUCUUUCAUUGCCAAAAUCACAUGUAAUGGAGUCUGUACACAACAUAUAAUGCUGUCCCCUUGGGUCAGUUAUUAACACUUCUUUCUUAUAGUGAUUAAUUGCAACAGAAUUCACUUUAAGAUUCAAAUUAAGAUUUAACGUUUGUAACACAUGAAGGACCUCUCAGAUUGAACUAGUCUACAUUACUUCUGUUCAUUACCUAAAAGCUUUGUGAAGCCCUGUUGCUCCCACUAACACUACAUUCUGUAAAGUAGCACACGCGGUUGUGAAGAACUAAGGUGCUGCAUACUAAGUUAUAAUAUAUUUCCUGCAAUUUAACAUAAUUUAAGGUGCUAUAUAAUUAUAGUGCGAAACCUGAUGAGAUUACAUCAGACUCACACCUUUAAGAGCCACCCCAGUUCUUACUUGCAGUGUUAUAGUCAGCCUCACUUCUGUGUUUGUUCGCUUGACAUAUAUGUCAAUAAAAAUUUAACAGGCUACGAUCUGCAGUUUGUUGGACAGAGAAACCCGUGAGCGGUGGGUGGGGGCCCUAAAUAACAAUGAGGGAGGGUGGGACCUAUUGUCCGACCUCCACUCCUGAGUGGCAGAUGGGGGCCCUAAAUAACAAUGGGGGGGACCUAUUGUCCUCCCCCCCCGGCCCCCACCCCUGAGUGGCGGGUGGGGGCCCUAAAUAACAAUAAGGGGGGACCUAUUGUCCUCCCCCUAAAUAACAAUGAGGGGGGGACCUAUUGUCCUCCCCCCUGGCCCCCACCAAUGGGUGCCGGGUGGGGGCCCUAAAUAACAAUAAGGGGUGAUACAAAAAAAAAUAAAACUUAACAUUUGAUGUCUUCUUUUUUCUAAAAUCUUCAUUUUUUAGCCCCAAAAAAGGCCAAAUAAAAAUCUAUAAUAUCCGUCGAACUUGUGAAAAAAGCCUUGCCCCGCCCUGCAAUUAGGCUCAGAACACUCUGAUUGGUUGACAGAUUUGUGAACAAUAUUUGAGAGAAAUAGGCCUUUUGUGUACAUAGAAAAAGUCAUGAAUAAUGGGGCAAAAACAAGUGUUGUGUUUAUAAUUUUGUUCAGUGUAUAUAUAAGAUAUAGAUAUAUGUAUAUAUACACUGCUCAAAAAAAUAAAGGGAACACUUAAACAACACAAUGUAACUCCACGUCAAUCACACUUCUGUGAAAUCAAACUGUCCACUUAGGAAGCAACACUAAGUGACAAUCAAUUUCACAUGCUGUUGUGCAAAUGGGAUAGACAACAGGUGGAAAUUAUAGGCAAUUAGCAAGACACCCCCAAUAAAGGAGUGGUUCUCCAGGUGGUGAACAGAGCCCACUUCUCAGUUCUUAUGCUUCCUGGCUAAAGUUUUGGUCAUUUUUGAAUGCCGACGGCGCUUUCACUCUAGUAGUAGCAUGAGACAGAGUCUACAACCCACACAAGUGGCUCAGGUAGUGCAGCUCAUCCAGGAUGGCACAUCAAUGCGAGCUGUGGCAAGAAGGUUUGCUGUGUCUGUCAGCGUAGUGUCCAGAGCAUGGAGGCGCUACCAGGAGACAGGCCAGUACAUCAGGAGACAUGAAGGAGACCGUAGGAGGACAACAACCCAGCAGCAGGACCGCUACCUCCGCCUUUGUGCAAGGAGGAAAAGGAGGAGCACUGCCAGAGCCCUGCAAAAUGACCUCCAGCAGGCCACAAAUGUGCAUGUGUCUGCUCAAACGGUCAGAAACAGACUCCAUGAGGGUGGUAUGAGGGCCCGACGUCCACAGGUGGGGGUUGUGCUUACAGCCCAACACCGUGCAAGACGUUUGGCAUUUGCCAGAGAACACCAAGAUUGGCAAAUUUGCCACUGGCGCCCUGUGCUCUUAACAGAUGAAAGCAGGUUCACACUGAGCACAUGUGACAGUCGUGACAGAGUCUGGAGACGCCUUGGAGAACGUUCUGCUGCCUGCAACAUCUUCCAGCAUGACCUUUUUGGCAGUGGGUCAGUAAUGGUGUGGGGUGGCAUUUCAUUGGGGGGCCGCACAGCCCUCCAUGUGCUCGCCAGAGGUAGCCUGACUGCCAUUAGAUACCGAGAUAAGAUCCUCAGACCCCUUGUGAGACCAUAUGCUGGUGCGGUUGGCCCUGGGUUCCUCCUAAUGCAAGACAAUGCUAGACCUCAUGUGACUGGAGUGUGUCAGCAGUUCCUGCAAGACGAAAAAUUUGAUUUCCAUUUUUUUAUUUUUGUGUGAUUUUGUUGUCAGCACAUUCAACUAUGUAAAGAACAAAGUAUUUCAGAAGAAUAUUUAAUUCAUUCAGAUCUAGGAUGUAUUAUUUUUGUGUUCCCUUUAUUUUUUUGAGCAAUGUAUAUACACACAUACAUAUAUUUUUUUUAUUUACUAAUAUAUAUUUUUUUUCCAGAUGCAGGGAGACUGCCUGUCAGUUCAGGCAGUCCCCCUGCAGGCAGCACUAUGGACGCCUAUUGCUGCCAUGUGUAGCGGAUGGCACCAGGCGACCCUACAAAAAUACUGUAUAAAGCUGCAUCCGUGUAUCUGCUGUAUUUUCUGUGUAUUAAAAAGAAUUGUAUUCCUCUGAUUGUUCGGUAGUUUCAUUCCCUUAGUGUAUUCGAAUGAAACUACCGAACAACCAGACCUCCCCUGUGUGAAGUGUGUCCUCAAUUACCCGUUGCAACAUUGUUGCGAACGGGUAAUUGAACAGUAAGUAGCCGUCCUUUGCUUUCGGGGGUGGCCGCCAUUCGACAAACGAACACGUGGCGGCGGCCAUUUUAAAACUCCCGAACAGCGGUGUUUUGCCGUCGAGUGUCUGGAACUAAAAUCGGACACUCGAGUAGGCGAACACCGCUGAGACCUCCACAGCCCUGGUCCGUUCGGUUCCAAACUACCGAACGGCCCCUCGUUCGGUAGAUAGAGAAUACCGAACGAGGGGAUUCAGGCGAACCCUCCCUAGCCUCUAUAGCUAAAGGUUUUCGUGUGUUUUAUUCCCUUAUGCCAGGACCGACCGCAGGGCCCAUUCACAUGGAACCGAAUUCGGCUAUCUCAGUUCGUGCGGUCGGUCAUUUUAUUCCCUCCAUACUUUUCCCGAACCCCUGGUCUGAUCUGGGUGGUUUUUGGAUAUGUUGUUCACCCAGAUCAGGACUACCAGGGGAUGUAGGAUUUAAAGAGGUACCCCUACGUUUAGGGGUACAUCCAGAAACGGGGGAAUUGGUGUACUGGAUAAGGGGAUUAUGAUGCUAGCUGAGGGGAGGAGAUGUGUGGGAGGUUACCAGGACAGGAUUGGCUACUGUAAUAAUUACUGUAAGUCCCUCCCUUGCAUGGGAGCAUGCUUUAUAAGGAGACUGUGAUUAAAGGCUUGUCAGUUAUGCUCCUGAAACUGCGUGUCGUCCAGUUAUUGGGAUUGCUGUUGGGAUAUUGCUGUAUUUUACCUGCUGGAAACCCUGCCUUUGGAUUUACUAUUUACUUGUUCCUGAGUCUCACUUGGAUUAUAAGCGGAGAUAACCUGGGGAAUAUUGCAUCUCCGCUACACCAUGUGACCGCUCUUUCAGAGCGAUCGCAUGGCCCGCGGGGGCCCAAUUUGCCGAGUGGGGAACUGUCUGGGCUGCCAGGCAGUCCCCCCAGACCGGGAGCGCCGGCCGGGGAACAGCGGCGAUCGGGUAAGUAAUAGGGACAUACCUAGUACAUCCGCGUUCCUUAAGGUGUUAAUGUGAAGCUGUCAUUAUAGGUUUAUCUGGCUUGACUCAUCUUAUACAAUAUUAAUAUUAUGAAAUACUCCUAUUUUAGUUUAUUUCCAUUACCCAUCCCUACUGAGAGCAUCAGUCGUGUUACACUUGCUGUAAGUCGCCCUCUCUGGCAUAUCUCGCUUUGGGCAGCACAAACUUCCACUAACAGAGUAAAAGUCCAACACGUUAUGACGGCUUUGUGUGCUAAAGUGGCGGCAAUAAACCAUUUGGGCUUUUUCUCUCCGUGCUGCUCUCACACAAAACCUGCCCCUCCUUCUCCUUCCAGGCACUGCUUUCCGAUCUAACGAAAUCAAGCAGGAUAGGUCCAGAGGAGGGUUUCCUUGGUAACAUACAUGCACUGAACUGACCGAGCUGAGGGGGGAAAGGGCUGGUUUUUAGCCUCUGAUUUAGAGAAAUCUAGACGUUUGCCAGCAAUUCUGUAGCACAACGUAUAAAUUACAUUUGAUUCUUUUUAAAAGCGUGCAUUAGAUGCUGGGUGUCCACAUGCAGAGUGUGAGGAUGUCCAGCGUCAGAUACUGGACCAAAGGUCCGUUUCAAUCCAGGGAGCGCCCCCAGUGGCUCUUUGGUAGACCACCACUGUUGGCAAACUUAGUGCUGCAAUGUAAACAGGUUCUCUGGAACUGCAAGGUUUAACAUUGCAGCACUAAGUGCAAAAGGGACGCAGCACCCAGACCAUUUCAAUGAGCUGAAGUGGUCUGGGUGCCUACAGUGUCCCUUUAAGUUGUAUUUGUCAUGACUUCAGAUUCACUUUGAAUUCUUACUUUAGUAAAUAACUCUGUAUAUGUGAUUCUAAGCCAGCGCUGACCGUCAGCCCCCGUGAAGCAUAGUGCUGGUAGCGUCCCUUAGCAGGAAUGCAUUGACAGGGACGAGGGAACUAGUGAAAACUGCGUGCUACAUUAUGUUUUAGACAGGAACACACCUGAUACUGCCAGCAGAAUAAUGACCCAAAACCCAGAGCCUGAGCUAGAAUAGGGAGGUUUAAACUGGAAUAUCCCAGUCACAGGCCCUGAAUCCACAACGCCUGUUCAUACAGCCAGACACAGCUCGAGCAAUGAAACCAACAAUAUGGUGUGCCAUUAAUUCGAUUAGUAAGUAUGUGACUAACAAAGGACCAUUGUUUGUUUUAGUUUGUAUCGAACUCCAAUAGUUUGUAUCUUGUGUCUGUAACACUUAUAAGGGGGGUGAAUACUUACAGGUAUGUGCCUUACUGUUUGCAAGGUGAUGUAAAUAUAAUAAGAACUGUACUACCAGCCAUUGUGAGAGAAACAUGCUUAAAGGACCUCUAUAGUGUCAGGAGCUUCUGCCUGCUAGUAAGAAGGUAAGGAGACAAGUGGACACGUGAGUGCUAGGUGACAGUCCUUAGAAAGCGUAGAGUAGGCGCAUCAUUUGAUGCAUUUAUGUCAAGCUCAGGGUGCUGGCUGCAAAGGAUGCCCUUAGUUUGCCAGCCUGCAUGAUUGGCAGGCAGCCUGACAUGCAUUCAUGCCAGGCUGGCCUUCCAGUUCUUUGGGCCCCUUUUUGGGCAUGUUCACCCCUUUUGGCAGGUCUGGUCACGUGAUUCGCGUGGCCCACCCUUUUACCCUGACCAUUGACUUCCUGCUUCACUGGACACUGCUGUUAGGGGGUAUGCAGGGCAGGCCUUAGGCCUUUUGGCGCCCUGUGCGAAAACUUCUCACAGCUCCCCUCCCUGGUCACACCCUUUUCCUGGCCCUGUUAAAGGGUAAGGGAAUUGCAAUAUCUAGGCCAAUAUAUCUGAUCUGAAAAUAAUUAAGCUGGAGAGGUUUCCAGUUUAGCUGAUUUGCCAUAGGUUUCUCCUUACUAUGCCAAUUAAGUAGAGUCAGUGUUUUUUUGGUGCCCCUCAUCCACUUGUGCAUUUUUUCCUGACCCUCCUUGUGUGUCUCUCCUAAUCCCCACUUUUCACCCCCACCCUCCUUGUGUGUCUCUUAUUUCCUUUUACCGUCUUGUCUCUUAGCGCACUGUUACUUCUUGUGCGUCUCUUAAUCCCACUUAAAUCUUGUAUGUCUUAACCCUAUUCCCCCAUAGAACUACACAUUCACAUGAAUAAAUGCCUAUACAUGCAAUCAAAGACAUGUAUGGACACAUGCAAACAAGAACAGUUACAUAUAUAGACACAGAACACACACAGUCAUACUGUACACAUCAAUAUAAAAUAAACAGGACUGCACUCCAAUCACAGAAACACCUGGAAACCUGGAAGGAACAUUUCUUUUGAAUGAUACAUAAAGCAAAAAGAAUGCCGUGCUCCAAACUAUGGAGGCCGCCACAUCUCCAGACAUACGUAGUACACAAGGUCCAGGCACUCAAUGUUCUAAAUCUUGAUAUCCUUUCUAAUGGAAUGUUGUGUUAUACUGCAUGGAUUGAUAAGGUAACAGAUUGUGACUGAAACAUUGCGUUAUGUUCCUUUGAAAAGGCUGUCAAGAUUUAAAACGCUCGUUGCCUGGGGUUUCUUGUUUCGUGAUCUACACCCUGAACACAGACACACGUACAGUAAUCACACACUUAUGUAUACAGUGCAUACCCAGACAGUCAAAUACACACAUCUUCACACAUACACACGUGAUAUGCAUACCAUAUCAGUCACACAUUUACACUGUAUAAGUUAUGUCACCCAUAGUCACAUACAGUCAUGUACACCGGGCAACUCUAUACUGUUUUCUCUAAAAACUAAUUUGUAUAAACUGUGUAUUUUUUAAUUCAAAGUUUCUAUGUAAAAUAUUUACCUUAUUUAAGGUAAGCUGUAUAUGUAUUGUGAUUUAUGCACCCCCUUUAUAAAGUACAUUAGAGUGCGUAACCAUUAAUACACACACACACACACACAUAUACACACACACACAAACACACAAAUCCACAGAUCACAUCUCACAUAUACAUAGAUACACACAGACACAUGCCAUCACAUACAUUGGCACACAUACAUACAUACAUACAUACAAGGGUAUUUACUAAAAUGAGGAUUGUCAGGAAUUUUAAGCAAAUUUCAUAUUUGGCGCCAAAAUAGCUGAAUUCGAAGCAUAGCUGACGUUGAAAUUAACUUUCCUGACAAUUGUCAUUUUAAUGAAGAAGCUGGUCAGAUAUGUACUAAGACACCAUCACAACCAUCACACAGGCACACAGACACAUCACAUAACGCAGUCACAGAUAUACACACAUUAACACAGUUAGAUACAUUCAUGGACACAAAAAACUGUCACAUAUAUUAAAAGACACACAAAGUCACAUACACAGUCACAUAAAUACAUAGGCUCACAAUUGUGGGUUCAGAGUCCCACACAUACACAGACUGAUUAUAUAUAGCAUGUUCAUGGGUGAGUUAAUAGAAAUGGGGGUACAGAUGAGGGUAUAUGGCAGACGGGAUAGGACUAAUGCUGAUGUAACACCACCUAUACUCAGCAUCUUCUUUCCCUGUCACAGACUGGGGGAGUUUCUGUGGCUGGGAUAUCAAGGCUGUGUUUUAAUGCAGCCACUCAGUCUCCUAUCUUGUCCCAAGAUGCCUCUGCUUCCAUGCAAUGCCCCUUCUCUCUGGUGCCCGAUCACAAGUCUCCUCUGUCCCUGGUCUCCAGUGCCAGCCUCUGGUGGGCUGGAGGCGAAUAGCAGGGAGUGCUGAUCAUAACUUCUCCCUCGAGGUUCUGUCGCUGUGUGGAGUCAGAGCGCAGGCUGGGAAUCUCUGAGGCUGCGCUCUGACUCACUAAGUGAGCGCCAGAACCGCGAGGGAGAAGUUAUGAUGAUCUGGCUGCAGCUCCUGCUAGGUGCACCACUGGACCAUCAGGGAGUCAUUUUUCAUGUAAUAGGAUGGACCCAGCUUGCGAGCUGUGUUGGCUGCCAGGGCGCCUCUUGUGUUAUGGCGCCCUGUGCGACUGCACAGCUCGCACACCCCAGAGGCCGGCCCUGGGGGUAUGCAAUUACUUGAAAGAUGAAAGCAUAAAUUAGAGAGAGAUUAGUAUAGAGUGUGUGAGUUCCCCUCCAACACCAUCUCCAUCAGAUACAUGAUGCUUGGGAGGUAUGACUGUUUUAGUGUUUUUUGGUCGAUAAGAUUCUGUAAUUUGGCCCCAUCAUAAUUGUCAGCACCAGGCCCACUGGGCUCUUAAUGUGGCCCUGUGCCGGUACAUUACCUCCACUACAUCAGCAUCAUAUAAAUCCAUAGAUAGAAGCAGGGCUCGCUCUGUUUAUACACUAUAUAAAUCCAUAGAUAGAUAGAAGCAGGACUCGCUCUGUUUAUACACUAUAUAAAUCCAUAGAUAGAUAAAAGCAGGGCUCGCUCUGGUUAUACACUAUAUAAAUCCAUAGAUAGAUAGAAGCAGGGCUCGCUCUGUUUAUACACUAUAUAAAUCCAUAGAUUGAUAGAAGCAGGGCUCACUCUGUUUAUACACUAUAUAAAUCCAUAGAUAGAUAGAAGCAGGGCUCGCUCUGUUUAUACACUAUAUAAAUCCAUAGAUAGAUAGAAGCAGGGCUCGCUCUGUUUAUACACUAUAUAAAUCCAUAGAUAGAUAGAAGCAGGGCUCGCUCUGUUUAUACACUAUAUAAAUCCACAGAUAGAAGCAGGACUCGCUCUGUUUAUACACUAUAUAAAUCCAUAGAUAGAAGCAGGGCUCGCUCGGUUUAUACACUAUAUAAAUCCAUAGAUAGACAGAAGCAGGGCUCGCUCUGUUUAUACACUAUAUAAAUCCAUAGAUAGAUAGAAGCAGGGGCCUCGCCUAAUAUACACUAUAUAAACCAUAGAUAGAUAGAUAGAAGCAGGACCUCAGCCUGUUUAUACACUAUAUAAAUCCAUAGAUAGAUAGAAGCAGGGCUCAGCUUCUGUUUAUACACCAUAUAAACUGAUAGAUAGAAGCAGGGCUCAUUUGGUUAUACACUAUAUAAACCAUAGAUAAGAUAGAAGCCAGUGGCCUCCGCCCAAGCCAUGUACACACUGCUACAAAACCACAGACAAGACAGAAGCAGGCACCGCUUCUGUUUAUACACUAUAUAAAUCCAUAGAUAGAUAGAAGCGGGGCUCGCUCUGUUUAUACACUAUAUAAAUCCAUAGAUAGAUAGAAGCAGGGCUCGCUCUGUUUAUACACUAUAUGAAUCCAUAGAUAGAUAGAAGCAGGGCUCGCUCUGUUUAUACACUAUAUAAAUCCAUAGACAGAUAGAAGCAGGGCUCGCUCUGUUUAUACACUAUAUAAAUCUAUAGAUAGAUAGAAGCAGGGCUCGCUCUGUUUAUACACUAUAUAAAUCCAUAGAUAGAUAGAAGCAGGGCUCGCUCUGUUUAUACACUAUAUAAACCACAGAUGAAGCAGGCCGCCUGGCAGUACACCACAAACUACAGAUAGAUGAAGCAGGGCUCGCCUGUUUAUACACACCAUAUAAAUCCAUAGAUAGAUAGAAGCAGUGUCGCCUGUUUUAUACACCAUAUAAACCAUAGAUAGAUAGAUAGAAGCAGUGGCCUCGCCUGUUUAUACACCAUAUAAACCACAUGGAUGCCAGCAGGGCUCCCUGCCGAGACUAUAUAAAAUCCACAUAGAUAGAUAGAAGCAGGGCUCAGCCUGUUUACACACCAUAUAACCACAGAUAGACAGAAGCAGGGGCUCUCCAGUUUAUAUACCUAUAUAAAUCCAUAGAUAGAUAGAAGCAGGCCCGCCUCAAUAAUUAUUUAAACUAUAGAAAGAAGCAGGGCCACUUCUGUUUCAUAUACACUAUAUAAACUACAAUGACAGAAGCAGGUCACUUCCGUUUAUACACUAUAUAAAUCCAUAGAUAGAAGCAGGGCUCGCUCUGUUUAUACACUAUAUAAAUCCAUAGAUGGAUAGAAGCAGGGCUCGCUCUGUUUAUACACCAUAUAAAUCCAUAGAUAGAUAGAAGCAGGGCUCGCUCUGUUUAUACACCAUAUAAAUCCAUAGAUAGAUAGAAGCAGGGCUCGCUCUGUUUAUACACCAUAUAAAUCCAUAGAUAGAUGGAAGCAGGGCUCGCUCUGUUUAUACACCAUAUAAAUCCAUAGAUAGAUGGAAGCAGGGCUCGCUCUGUUUAUACACUAUAUAAAUCCAUAGAUAGAUAGAAGCUGGGCUCGCUCUGUUUAUACACUAUAUAAAUCCAUAGAUAGAUAGAAGCAGGGCUCGCUCUGUUUAUACACUAUAUAAAUCCAUAGAUAGAUAGAAGCAGGGCUCGCUCUGUUUAUACACUAUAUAAAUCCAUAGAUAGAUAGAGGCAGGGCUCGCUCUGUUUAUACACUAUAUAAAUCCAUAGAUAGAUAGAAGCAGGGCUCGCUUUGUUUAUACACUAUAUAAAUCCAUAGAUAGAUAGAAGCAGGGCUCACUUUGUUUAUACACUAUAUAAAUCCAUAGAUAGAAGCAGGGCUCGCUCUGUUUAUACACUAUAUAAAUCCAUAGAUAGGCGCAGCUCUGUUUAUACACCUGUAUAAAUUCAUAGAUAAGAUAUAUAAGCUCGCUUGUUUAUACACUAUAUAAAUUCAUUAUAGAAGCAGCGCUCGCUCUGUUUAUACACUAUAUAAAUCCAUAGAUAGAAGCAGGGCUCACUCUGUUUAUACACUAUAUAAAUCCAUAGAUAGAAGCAGGGCUCACUCUGUUUAUACACUAUAUAAAUCCAUAGAUAGAUAGAAGUAGGGCUCGCUCUGUUUAUACACUAUAUAAAUCCAUAGAUAGAUAGAAGCAGGGCUCGCUCUGUUUAUACACUAUAUAAAUCCAUAGAUAGAUAGAAGCAGGGCUCGCCCUGUUUAUACACUAUAUAAAUCCAUAGAUAGAUAGAAGCAGGGCUCGCUCUGUUUAUACACUAUAUAAAUCCAUAGUUAGAUAGAAGCAGGGCUCGCCCUGUUUAUACACUAUAUAAAUCCAUAGAUGAUAGAAGCAGGUCGUUUGUUUAUACACUCAUAUAGUCCAUAGAUAUAGAAGCAGGCUCGCUUCUUGUUUAUACACUAUAUACAUAGAUAGACAAAGCAGGGUCAGUCACAAUCUCAUACAAACCAUAGAUAGACAGAAGCUAUGACCACCUAGUUUCAUACCAUAUAAAUCCAUAGAUAGAUAGAAGCUAUGACCGCUUCUUGUUUAUACAAGAAUUCAUAUAAAUCCAUUGAUAGAUAGAAGCAGGACUCGCUCUGUUUAUACACUAUAUAAAUCCAUAGAUAGAUAGAAGCAGGAAUCGCUCUGUUUAUACACUAUAUAAAUCCAUAGAUAGAUAGAAGUACGGCUCGCUCUGUUUAUACACUAUAUAAAUCCAUAGACAGAAGCAGGACUCGCUCUAUUUAUACACUAUAUAAAUCCAUAGAUAGAUAGAAGCAGGGCUCGCUUUGUUUAUACACUAUAUAAAUCCAUAGAUAGAUAGAAGCAGGGCUCGUUCUGUUUAUACACUAUAUAAAUCCAUAGAUAGAAGCAGGGCUCGCUCGGGUUAUACACUAUAUAAAUCCAUAGAUAGAUAGAAGCAGGGCUCGCUCUGUUUAUACACUAUAUAAAUCCAUAGAUAGAUAGAAGCAGGGCUCGCUCUAUUUAUACACUAUAUAAAUCCAUAGAUAGAUAGAAGCAGGGCUCGCUUUGUUUAUACACUAUAUAAAUGCACAGAUAAAUAGAAGCAGGGCUCGCUCUGUUUAUACACUAUAUAAAUCCAUAGAUAGAUAGAAGCAGGGCUCGCUCUGUUUAUACACUAUAUAAAUCCAUAGAUAGAUAGAAGCAGGGCUCGCUCUGUUUAUACUCUAUAUAAAUCCAUAGAGGUGGGGGUGACCUCUAAAGGCAUGGGGAAUCUUGUGAAAAUGAAUGGCAAGAUGAAUGCAGCAUUUUAUCAGAAAAUACUGGCAGACCAUUUGCAUUCUUCUGCAAGAUGGCUGCACAUGGGACGCCCUUGUACUUUCCAGCAUGACAAUGACCCUAAACACAAGGCCAAGUUGACCAUCCAGUGAUUACAGCAGAAAAAGGUGAAGGUUCUAGAGUGGCCAUCACAGUCUCCUGACGUUACUAUCAUUGAGCCACUCAGGGAGAUUGCAAACGUGUGGUUCAUGCAAGACGACCAAAGACUUUGCAUGACUUGGAGGCAUUUCGCCAAGACUAAUUGGCAGAUAUACCGCCUGCAAGAAGUAGGGGCCUCAUAGAUAACUAUUACAAAAGACUGCACGUUGUCAUUGAUGCUCAAGGGGCAAUACAUAGUAUUGAGAACUAAGGGUUUGCAGACUUUUGAACAAGGAUCCUUUAAUUUUUUUCUUUGUUGACUUGUUUUGUUUUAUGAUUGUGCCAUUCUAUUAUAACCUGCAGUAAAUAUGAAUCCCAUAAGAAAUAAAAUAAAUUUGUUUUGCCUGCUCACUCCAGUUUUCUUUAAAAAUGGGACCUAUAUUACCAAUUCUCCAACGCAAACCUUUGAGCACAACUGUACAUUGAUCUGUUUCACAGGUUGCUGUAGUGAAACAUUUCUGUUAUAAGAUAUGGUCAUCUGUGCCAUAACCCGCUGUUAUAAGAUAUGGUCAUCUGUGACAUAACCCGCUGUUAUAGGAUAUGGUCAUCUGUGCCAUAACCCGAUGUUAUAAGAUAUGGUCAUCUGUGACAUAACCCGCUGUUAUAAGAUGUAGUCAUCUGUGCCAUAACCCGCUGUUAUAGGAUAUGGUCAUCUGUGCCAUAACCCGCAGUUAUAAGAUAUGGUCAUCUGUGACAUAACCCGCUGUUAUAGGAUACGGUCAUCUGUGACAUAACCCGCUGUUAUAAGAUAUGGUCAUCUGUGACAUAACCCGCUGUUAUAAGAUGUGGUCAUCUGUGCCAUAACCCACUGUUAUAGGAUAUGGUCAUCUGUGCCAUAACCCGAUGUUAUAAGAUAUGGUCAUCUGUGACAUGACCCGCUGUUAUAGGAUAUGGUCAUCUAUGACAUAACCCACUGUUAUAGGAUAUGGUCAUCUGUGCCAUAACCCGAUGUUAUAAGAUAUGGUCAUCUGUGACAUAACCCGCUGUUAUAAGAUAUGGUCAUCUGUGCCAUAACCCGCUGUUAUAAGAUAUGGUCAUCUGUGACAUAACCCGCUGUUAUAAGAUGUAGUCAUCUGUGCCAUAACCCGCUGUUAUAGGAUAUGGUCAUCUGUGCCAUAACCCGCAGUUAUAAGAUAUGGUCAUCUGUGACAUAACCCGCUGUUAUAGGAUACGGUCAUCUGUGACAUAACCCGCUGUUAUAAGAUAUGGUCAUCUGUGACAUAACCCGCUGUUAUAAGAUGUGGUCAUCUGUGCCAUAACCCACUGUUAUAGGAUAUGGUCAUCUGUGCCAUAACCCGAUGUUAUAAGAUAUGGUCAUCUGUGACAUGACCCGCUGUUAUAGGAUAUGGUCAUCUAUGACAUAACCCACUGUUAUAGGAUAUGGUCAUCUGUGCCAUAACCCGAUGUUAUAAGAUAUGGUCAUCUGUGACAUAACCCGCUGUUAUAAGAUAUGGUCAUCUGUGCCAUAACCGCUGUUAUAAGAUAUGGUCAUCUGUGACAUAACCCGCUGUUAUAGGAUAUGGUCAUCUGUGACAUAACCCGCUGUUAUAAGAUAUGGUCAUCUGUGACAUAACCCGCUGUUAUAAGAUGUGGUCAUCUGUGCCAUAACCAACUGUUAUAGGAUAUGGUCAUCUGUGCCAUAACCCGCAUGUUAUAAGAUAUGGUCAUCUGUGACAUAACCCGCUGUUAUAGAUAUGGUCAUCUGUGACAUAACCCGCUGUUAUAGGAUACGGUCAUCUGUGCCAUAACCCGCUGUUAUAAGAUAUGGUCAUCUGUGCCAUAACCCGAUGUUAUAAGAUAUGGUCAUCUGUGCCAUAACCCGAUGUUAUAAGAUAUGGUCAUCUGUGCCAUAACCCGAUGUUAUAAGAUAUGGUCAUCUGUGCCAUAACCCGCUGUUAUAAGAUAUGGUCAUCUGUGACAUAACACACUGUUAUAAGAUAUGGUCAUCUGUGACAUAACACACUGUUAUAAGAUAUGGUCAUCUGUGCCAUAACCCGCAGUUAUAAGAUAUGGUCAUCUGUGACAUAACACACUGUUAUAAGAUAUGGUCAUCUGUGCCAUAACCCGCUGUUAUAAGAUAUGGUCAUCUGUGACAUAACACACUGUUAUAAGAUAUGGUCAUCUGUGCCAUAACCCGCUGUUAUAAGAUAUGGUCAUCUGUGACAUAACCUGCUGUUAUAGGAUAUGCUCAUCUGUGACAUAACCCGCUGUUAUAAGAUAUGGUCAUCUGUGCCAUAACCCGCUGUUAUAAGAUAUGGUCAUCUGUGCCAUAACCCGCUGUUAUAAGAUAUGGUCAUCUGUGCCAUAACCCACUGUUAUAAGAUAUGGUCAUCUAUGACAUAACCCGCUGUUAUAAGAUAUGGUUAUCUGUGACAUAACACACUGUUAUAAGAUAUGGUCAUCUGUGACAUAACCUGCUGUUAUAAGAUAUGGUCAUCUGUGACAUAACACACUGUUAUAAGAUAUGGUCAUCUGUGCCAUAACCCGCAGUUAUAAGAUAUGGUCAUCUGUGCCAUAACCCGCUGUUAUAAGAUAUGGUCAUCUGUGACAUAACCUGCUGUUAUAGGAUACGGUCAUCUGUGCCAUAACCCGCUGUUAUAAGAUAUGGUCAUCUGUGCCAUAACCCACUGUUAUAUGUUAUGGUCAUCUGUGCCAUAACCCGCUGUUAUAGGAUAUGGUCAUCUGUGACAUAACCCGCUGUUAUAAGAUAUGGUUAUCUGUGACAUAACCUGCUGUUAUAAGAUAUGGUCAUCUGUGACAUAACACACUGUUAUAAGAUAUGGUCAUCUGUGACAUAACACACUGUUAUAAGAUAUGGUCAUCUGUGACAUAACACACUGUUAUAAGAUAUGUGCUUUUUUUUUUUCAUUUCAACAUUAAGAAAACCACUUUAAGACAGCGGCUUCCGUUAUUAAACAAACUGUGAGGCGAGAGACAGAACGUGACCGUCACCUUAAAGGCAGUUAUUGAAACCCGCUGCAUUCCUUCCUGUACUUUGUAGGUUGCCUUGAGAUGUUAGUAGUAAAACGUUCUGGCAGGAAACCCUGAAAUAAAUGUGAUUGUGUAGUGCACAGCGAGAGCUCCAUUAUACACACAGAAGGACUGUGGCAAAGCUCCCCUUUCAGUCUCACAACUUGUUACUCUUAUUGUCGUCAGCAAAGAGAUAGCAGAAUGGUGCAUUAUCCACUGGGAGAGAGAAUUAAGGCCUCAGCUGAGCGAUCUUUUAUAUUAAUGCGGCCCCAGGAAAGAUUACCCACCUGUAAUAUGUUUGUAGUGGGAGACAGGGGCUGUAGUGGGAAAUAGGGUGUUUGUAGUGGGGAGACGGGGGCUGUAGUGGGAAAUAGGAUGUUUAUAGUGGGGUGAAAGGGCUGAAGUGAGAAAUAGGUUGUUUGUAGCGGGGAGACGGGGGCUGUAGCGGGAAAUAGGGUGUUUGUAGCGGGGAGACAGGGGCUGUAGUGGGAAAUAGGAUAUUUGUAGUGGGGAGACAGGGGCUGUAGUGGGAACAAGGAUAUUUGUAGUGGGGAGACAGGGGCUGUAGUGGGAACAAGGAUGUUUGUAGUGGGGAGACGGGGGUGGUAGUGGGAAAUAGGUUGUUUGUAGCGGGGAGACAGGGGCUGUAGUGGGAAAUAGGAUAUUUGUAGUGGGGAGACGGGGGUGGUAGUGGGAAAUAGGUUGUUUGUAGCGGGGAGAUAGGGGCUGUAGUGGGAAAUAGGAUAUUUGUAGUGGGGAUAUGGGGGCGGUAGUGGGAAAUAGGAUGUUUGUAGUGGGGAGACUGGGGCUGUAGUGGGAUAUAGGAUGUUUGUAGUGGGGAGAAGGGGCUGUAGUGGGAAACUUGAUGUUUGUAGUGGGGAGACAGAUGCUGUAGCGGGGAGACAGGGGCUGUAGUAGGAAAUAGGAUGUGUGUAGUGAGGAGAAGGGGCUGUAGCGGGAAAUAGGGUGUUUGUAGUGGGGUGAAGGGGCUGUAGUGGGAAAUAGGAUGUUUGUAGUGAGGAGAAGGGGCUGUAGUGGGAAAUAGGAUGUUUGUAGUGGGAGAAGGGGCUGUAAUGGGAAAUAGGAUGUUUGUAGUGGGGAGAAGGGGCUGUAGCGGGAAAUAGGGUGUUUGUAGUGGGGUGAAGGGGCUGUAGUGGGAAAUAGGAUGUUUGUAGUGGGGAGAAGGGGCUGUAGUGGGAAAUAGAAUGUUUGUAGUGGGAGAAGGGGCUGUAGUGGGAAAUAGGAUGUUUGUAGUGGGGAGACCAGGGCUGUAGUGGGAAAUAUGAUGUUUGUAGUGGGGAGAGGGGCUGUAGUGGAAAUAGGAUGUUUGUAGUGGGGAGAAGGGGCUGUAGUGGGAAAUAUAAUGUUUGUAGUGGGAGAAGGGGCUGUAGUGGGAAAUAGGAUGUUUGUAGUGGGGAGACCGGGGCUGUAGUGGGAAAUAGGAUGUUUGUAGUGGGGAGAGGGGGCUAUAGUGGUAAAUAGGAUGUUUGUAGUGGGGAGAGGGGGCUGUAGUGGGAAAUAGGAUGUUUGUAGUGGGGAGACCGGGGCUGUAGUGGGAAAUAGGAUGUUUGUAGUGGGAAGAAGGGGCUGUAGUGGGAAAUAGGAUGUUUGUAGUGGGGUGAAGGGGCUGAAGUGAGAAAUAGGAUGUUUGCAGUGGGAAGACCGGGGCUGUAGUGGGAUAUAGGAUGUUUGUAGUGGGGAGAAGGGGCAGUAGUGGGAAACAGGAUGUUUGUAGUGGGGAGACAGAUGCUGUAGUGGGGAGACAGGGGCUGUAGUAGGAAAUAGGAUGUUUGUAGUGAGGAGAAGGGGCUGUAGCAGGAAAUAGGGUGUUUGUAGUGGGGUGAAGGGGCUGUAGUGGGAAAUAGGAUGUUUGUAGUGGGGAGAAGGGGCUGUAGUGGGAAAUAGGAUGUUUGUAGCGGCGAGACAGGGGCUGUAGUGGUAAAUAGGAUGUGUGUAGUGGGGAGAAGGGGCUGUAGUGGGAAAUAGAAUGUUUGUAGUGGGAAGACGGGGGAUGUAGUGGGAAAUAGGAUGUUUGUAGUGGGAAGACGGGCGCUGUGGUUGGAAAUAGGAUGUUUGUAGUGGAGAAUGUAAUGUCUGUACCAUGGAUCCUGUUAGGGCCUGAAGAAGGCUGUAGUGUUUAAACAGGGGCUGUAGUGGGGAAUCUGAUGUUUGUAGUGGGGGAGGGAGUGUUGUGUGGGUGGAUAGGGUCUUUUUUUAAGUUAGGUUAAAAAAAUUAAAUGACGUUAUUCUUCCCUCCCUGUGCCUUACCAUGAGCCUCAGAGGAAUGAAUAAUUAGUCUUGGUAGUCCUGUGGCAGAUACAGUUUGUUUGGUUCAGUGUAUAUGCUCCAGGAAGCUCCGGUGUUUGGAGCGUUGCUGUGGUAACAAAGCACAGAGGGGCCCGAAAUCACUGGAAUCUCCUACAAUCUUGACUUGUCAGAGACGUUUGGGAAGUUGAGGGAGCUAAGAGUAGUUGACUGACUACAAGCACUUGUCCUGUCUUGAGGUAAUUCUGCCGCAGGGUGCAAGGGCCCAGUGCACUUGCUCCUUUUGCCUUGCGGUAAAGACGGCCCUGGAUGUCAGUGACUGAGAAACUGACUUCUGCUACUGUCUGUGUUAUAUUUAUUGCUGCCAGCCCUGACUCCUGCUAUUCUCUCUGGUAAAGUUUAGAGCCUCCAGCCCUGACUCCUGCUAUUCUCUGUGAUAUUAUUUAUUGCCGCCAGCCCUGACUCCUGCCAUCCACAGUAAUAUAGUGUAUUGCCCUGACUCUCGCUAUUGCUGCCAGCCCAGACCUCGGCUAUUCUCUGUGAUAUUAUUUACUGCCGCCAGUCCUGACCUUGGCUAUUCUCUGUGAUAUAGUUUAUUGCUGCCAGUCCUGACCUCAGCUAUUCUCUGUGAUAUAGUUUAUUGCCGCCAGCCCUGACCUUGGCUAUUCUCUCUGAUAUAGUUUAUUGCUGCCAGCCCUGACCUUGACUAUUCUCUCUGAUAUAGUUUGUUGCUGAUAGUCCUGACCUUGGCUAUUCUCUGUGAUAUAGUUUAUUGCUGCCAGCCCUGACCUUGGCUAUUCUCUGUGAUAUAGUUUAAUGCUGCCAGCCCUGACCUCAGCUAUUCUCUGUGAUAUAGUUUGUUGCUGAUAGUCCUGACCUUGGCUAUUCUCUGUGAUUUAGUUUAUUGCUGCCAGCCCAGGCCACAGCUAUAAUCUCUGAUAUAGUUUAUUGCUGCCAGCCCUGACCUUGGCUAUUCUCUGUGAUAUAGUUUAUUGCUGCCACCCCUGACCUUGGCUAUUCUCUGUGAUAUAGUUUAUUGCUGCCAGUCCUGACCUCAGCUAUUCUCUGUGAUAUAGUUUAAUGCUGCCAGCCCUGACCUCAGCUAUUCUCUGUGAUAUAGUUUAAUGCUGCCAGCCCUGACCUCAGCUAUUCUCUGUGAUAUAGUUUAUUGCUGCCAGCCCUGACCUUGGCUAUUCUCUGUGAUAUAGUUUAUUGCUGCCAGCCCUGACCUCAGCUAUUCUCUGUGAUAUAGUUUAAUGCUGCCAGCCCUGACCUCAGCUAUUCUUUGUGAUAUAGUUUAUUGCUGCCACCCCUGACCUUGGCUAUUCUCUCUGAUAUAGUUUAUUGCUGCCAGUCCUGACCUCAGCUAUUCUCUGUGAUAUAGUUUAUUGCUGCCAGCCCUGACCUUGGCUAUUCUCUGUGAUAUAGUUUAUUGCUGCCAGCCCUGACCUUGGCUAUUCUCUCUGAUAUAGUUUGUUGCUGAUAGUCCUGACCUUGGCUAUUCUCUGUGAUAUAGUUUAUUGCUGCCAGCCCUGACCUUGGCUAUUCUCUCUGAUAUAGUUUAUUGCUGCCAGCCCUGACCUUGACUAUUCUCUCUGAUAUAGUUUGUUGCUGAUAGUCCUGACCUUGGCUAUUCUCUGUGAUAUUGUUUACUGCCGCCAGUCCUGACCUUGGCUAUUCUCUGUGAUAUAGUUUAUUGCCGCCAGCCCUGACCUUGGCUAUUCUCUCUGAUAUAGUUUAUUGCUGCCAGCCCUGACCUUGACUAUUCUCUCUGAUAUAGUUUGUUGCUGAUAGUCCUGACCUUGGCUAUUCUCUGUGAUAUAGUUUAUUGCUGCCAGCCCUGACCUUGGCUAUUCUCUGUGAUAUAGUUUAAUGCUGCCAGCCCUGACCUCAGCUAUUCUCUGUGAUAUAGUUUGUUGCUGAUAGUCCUGACCUUGGCUAUUCUCUGUGAUAUAGUAUGUUGCUGAUAGUCCUGACCUUGGCUAUUCUCUCUGAUAUAGUUUGUUGCUGAUAGUCCUGACCUUGGCUAUUCUCUGUGAUAUAGUUUAUUGCUGCCAGCCCUGACCUUGGCUAUUCUCUGUGAUAUAGUUUAUUGCUGCCAGCCCUGACCUUGGCUAUUCUCUGUGAUAUAGUUUAUUGCUGCCAGCCCUGACCUUGGCUAUUCUCUGUGAUAUAGUUUAUUGCUGCCAGCCCUGACCUUGGCUAUUCUCUGUGAUAUAGCUUACAACUGCCAGCCCUGACCUGUUCUAUUCUCUGUGAUAUAGUUUAUUGCUGCCAGCCCUGACCUUGGCUAUUCUCUGUGAUAUAGUUUGUUGCUGAUAGUCCUGACCUCAGGAACACAGUAAACAUGAAACACAGAUUAUUAACAUGUAACACAGUUUAUUAAUAUGUAACACAGAUUAUUAACAUUAAAAUAGUGAGUAUAUAGAGGUUAAAAUACAGUAUAAAAGAGGGUGCUACUAUCACCUAUGUGGGCCACUCCACCACACAUAAAUAAGUGCAAAUGUAGUAAUAAUAUAAAUGGUGAGAGCACACACAGAAACAAUUUUUAGGGAUAUUACCCUUCAUCAAAUAAAUUCCUGUAAAGACAAAACAGGAAAAACAAUCAUAGGGUAAAAACGUAUAAAAAGUUUUAAAAUAGUGAUAAAUGGAUAAACUCACAUAUUCCUGAGCCACUUAAUACACGCUGGCUCAGACUAAGAACGUAGAAUGGAUAAGGAUUGGUGUAAGCUGGAUGUAAAUUCUGACUGUUUUCUUGCCCUUUCUUCAAAGUGCUCAGGAUGCAGGUUCUUUGGUAAAAAGGUUUUAUUUAACAAGAUAAAAUCAGCAGCAACAAAAAUAUUCCAGCUACAGCAAGCUCCAUACACUGACGCGUUUCAGCUCAAAGCUUUUUUCAAAGUUUGAAGAAAAAAAAAGCUUUGAUCUGAAACGCGUCAGUGUAUGGAGAUUGCUGUAGCUGGAAUUUUUUUGAGGAAGGGUAAUAUACCUAAAAAUUGUUUCUGUGUGUGCUCUCACCAUUUAUAUUAUUACAGAUAACUAACAUGUAACACAGUUUAUUAUGCAAGGCCUGAUUGGGUGCCUGAACUCACUAGUCAUUUUGCAUCUUGACUUUUUAUCUGACCCUUUACUGAUGUGUUUUCUAAGUUCUGCAGAGUUCGUGUGAAUUGAUCAGUUUCCGAUAUACUUAGAAAAUCCAACACAAUUAUAACGUCUGUCAGCUAUGAUAUAAUACUUUCAUUUAAGAAAAGAACGAACCAUGCGUGUCAUUAGUUCAUCCUGAAUGGGACAUCCUGCCAUGUCUUGGUUUUCAUGAAUAGAUAUGUUCAUGUACGAAGUUUACCCAAAUUCCCCUGCUCACACUAACUGGAAAGAGUGGAACCCACACAUUUCUCAGUAGCUAAAUACAGUUCUGUAAACAGAUAACGGGACAUGUGUGUGUGAAUCUAGAUAUGUUCGUCAGUGUGUAUGUAUCUAUACUGUAUAAUGUCUGUACCAUGGAUCCUUCAUGAAGAUAAUUCAAUGUCCGUAACUGGCUUCAGUCACAGAUGAAUCUGCACUAACUUUAUGACAUAACCACAGUUUAUAGACACAGCUUCCUCCUCUACAAAUUCAUACUUUGUUCUUAAAGGACCACCAUAGUGCCAGGAAAACAUACUCGUUUUCCUGGCACUAUAGUGCCCUGAGGGUGCCCCCACCCUCAGGGUCCCCCUCCCGCCGGGCUCCAGCACCGGGCAGGGGACUCUCCUCCUCCAUAGCAAUGUCAUCAGCUGAAUGCGCAUGCCCGGCAGGAGCCGUGCGCGCAUUCAGCCAGUCCAUAGGAAAGCAUUCUCAAUGCUUUCCUAUGGACGCUGGCGUCUUCUCACUGUGAAAAUCACAGUGAGAAGCGCGGAAGCACUCUAUUGGCUGUCAAUGAGACAGCCGCUAGAGGCUGGAUUAACCCUAUUAUAAACAUAGCAGUUUCUCUGAAACUGCUAUGUUUAUAGAAGAAAGGGUCAAACCUAGCUGGCACCCAGAACACUUCAUUAAGCUGAAGUGGUCUGGGUGCCUAUAGUGGUCCUUUAACCUUUUUCAUUUAUACUUCGCCAAACAAACUUUGUUUUGCAGCUUUUUACAUCCUCUCUUACAGCUACAAAUGUAUCUUCUCUCUGCCUAUUACAGAGACCAAGGCCUUGCUAAAUAGAUUGACUUCAUCAGGGUGUAACUCACGUCUUCUUAAACACGUGUGGUCAGAUUUCAAUCACAGAAAAUCAUGUCCUGACAUUCUGCGUUAUUCUUGGGCAGUGAUAUAAAGAUACAGUUUUCCAACUCUCUCAUAACACACCAGGGUUAGCCACUUAGGGAAGAUGUCUCCUGUGGUCCUUACUUGUGGCCAUCAGCAGAUGCCAGAAGUGGUAAUUAGUCCCUGUCUGUUCUUCAACAGAAAGUGUUAGAGUGGAUGAGAUAGCCAUCAAUUAUUCUCACUGAGACACAUCGUAAGGUUUCAUUUAACCAUUAGACUUGCAUUUUUCUCUUUUCUCGAUUUAUUUGCUCAUUCUUCUAUUCUUCCGUGGUUGGUGUUUACACUCAAGCUACUCCACACCUCUGUGUUCUAUAACCAGUUCUUAAACCUCUCUGCAUUUGUGUAAUGAGAACUCCUUGUGACUUUUCAUGUUCAAAUGUUUAGAGCACUUUGUUAAUUAAAAGUUGUUUUGUUACACACAAAUAUCAGGAAUAACCCACUGAGCUUAUCUUUACUGCACACUCAUUCUAUACUUAGUCCUUAAAGGAUUAAAGAGACACUAUAGGCACCUACACCACUCCAUCUCAUUGGUCUGGUCUAAAUGCCCCUGUCCCGUUAAUCAUACAAAGUAAAACAUUGCAGUUUCAGAGACUUUGCAAUGUUGAAAUUACAGGGGUAAGAAAAAUUCUACAGGUUGUCUUUGUGAUCUCAGAAUCGAAGAUAGCCCCUGUGUUAGUCUGGCACUGUGUUGUUACAUAAUUGCAAAGAGACAUGUGUCCAUCAAGUUCAGCCUUUGUCACUUCUGUUUUUGCUGUUGAUCCAAGCAACACUUUUGAAACAAACUAGAAAAAAAAAUCCUUCUUGACCCCAGAACGACAGUCAGAUAUCUCCUUGGAUCAAGAAACUAUUAUGCCACUAAUUAAACAUCAAAACCCUGUAUAUUACUUUUUUGCAAGUAUUUAUCCAGUUGCUGUUUAUACAUUAGUAAAGCCUCAGAUAAAACCACAUUUUCAGACAGAGAAUUCCACAUCCUUGUUAUUCUUCCUUAUUGUUCUUUUCUUUGCCUUAGAUGAAAUCUCCUUUCUUCUAGUCUAAAUGCGUGACCUGGUGUCCUAUGUAUAGCCCUAUUUAUGAAUAGACUUCCAGACGAUGGUUUGGAUUAGCCCAAAACAUAUAUUUGUAUAAUGCUAUCAUAUCCCCUCUGUUGUGCCUUUUUUGUAAACUAAACAAGUUUAGUUCGUUGACUCCAGGUCUUCAACUUUACUAAAUGAAAUAUGACCAUUCUGGCUUCUAGGGACUGCCCCAAAUUGUGCUAUCUAUUCACCAUUGCCCCCAAUAUUUCCAUAUUAACUAAUCACUUCAUAGUAAAGUAAUUUUGGGACAUAUAACAGGCACGGUUCACAAGUCUAAUGGCUGUCAGGCAACUACUAGGGGCUCUAGACUAAGAUUUGUGAAUCUAUUUGACUUCCAAAAAUAAACUAAUUUUAUAAGGGAAAAAACAGAGGUAACACCCUAUUAUUAAAAAGAAGAUAAUAUGGAAUAUAUUCAAAGCCCAGUCUAAUUACUUAUUUCACCCAAUGUAAUUAGAUAUGUGUACAAAACUAUUACUGAAAGUCCAAGCAUGAGAUUCAAUGCUUCACUGAGCAUGGGCCAUGUGUCCAUAUCAGACCGGACAAAUGCCACCAGUCUCGUUGACGUAACCAGAGGAGAAAUGGGCCGCAGUGGGGAGACUAUCCUGGCACUGGAGUAAAUUAUAAUUUUGUAGUGAUUUUAAUAUUUGUUUUUAUGGUAGUCCAUCUAAAUUAAGGAAGGCAUCUACUUAAAAUGUGCUAAUUUUUUUUCAAAUUAAAGUGUUCUGUUAACUGUUUCUAUGUUUCAGUCUAUUGCUUGGAAUUGACUGAUGUGUUUUUCUUACAGAAUCCAUGCCCAUUUUUGUCUAUAUUAUAGUGACUGUUUUUAUCAUACCUCCGAACAUUUCACAUGGACAAAGAAAGGGUGUGACCAGGGACAGGGCACUUCUGGGUGUGAGUGGGGGUGUGACCAGGUUUAGAGCUGCUUUGAGUGUAAGUGGUGGUUUGGCCAGGGGUGGGGCUGUUCUGAGAAAUUUUGGGUGACUUAAUAAUAACAAUUUCUAUAACUAAAAUCUAAUUACUAACAAGAACAAUGUAUCUUAUUUAAACAAACUGAUUUAUAAACACAUUUAUUGUCGUUUAAAGACACGUUACUGGGAGUAUUAUUGCUGUGGAGCUCUGUUAUAUACUCAGACACCUUAAUGGGAGUAUUAUUGCUGUGGAGCUCUGUAAUACACUCAGACACGUUACUGGGAGUAUUAUUGCUGUGGAGUUCUGUUAUACACUCAAACACGUUACUGGGAGUAUUAUUGCUGUGGAGCUCUGUUAUACACUCAGACACGUUACUGGGAGUAUUAUUGCUGUGGAGCUCUGUUAUACACUCAGACACAUUACUGGGAGUAUUAUUGCUGUGGGGCUCUGUUAUACACUCAGACACAUUACUGGGAGUAUUAUUACUGGGGAGCUCUGUUAUACUCUCAGACACAUUACUGGGAGCAUUAUUGCUGUGGAGCUCUGUUAUACUCUCAGGUUGCUGUGGAGCUCUGUUAUUCACUCAGACACAAUACUGGGAGUAUUAUUGCUGUGGAGCUCUGUUAUACACUCAGACACAAUACUGGGAGUAUUAUUGCUGUGGAGCUCUGUUAUAUACUCAGACACAUUAUUAUUAUUAUUAUUAUUGCCAUUUAUAUAUCGCCAACAGAUUCCGUAGCGCUUUACAAUAUUUUGAGAGGGGGAUGUAACGCUAAAAAGGACAAUUACAAGAAAACUUACAGGAAAAAUAGGUUGAAGAGGACCCUGCUCAAACGAGCUUACAGACUAUAGGACGUGGGUGGGAGUAUUAUUGCUGUGGAGCUCUGUUAUACACAUUACUAGGAGUAUUACUGCUGCGGAGCUCUGUGAUACACUCAGACACAUUACUGGGAGUAUUAUUGCUGUGGAGCUCUGUUAUACACUCAGACACAUUACUGGAAGUAUUAUUACUGUGGAGCUCUGUUAUACACUCAGACACAUUACUGGGAGUAUUAUUACUGUGGAGCUCUGUUAUACACAUUACUGGGAGUAUUAUUGCUGUGGAGCUCUGUUAUAUAACUCAGACACAUGACUGGGAGCAUUAUUGCCGUGGAGCUCUGUUAUACACUCAGACACAUUACUGGGAGGGUUAUUGCUGUGGAGCUCUGUUAUACACUCAGACACAUUACUGGGAGUAUUAUUGCUGUGGAGCUCUGUUAUACACUCAGACACAUUACUGGGAGUAUUAUUGCUGUGGAGCUCUGUUAUACACUCAGACACAUUACUGGGAGUAUUAUUGCUGUGGAGCUCUGUUAUACACUCAGACACAUUACUGGGAGUAUUAUUGCUGUGGAGCUGUUAUACACUCAGACACAUUACUGGGAGUAUUAUUGCUGUGGAGCUGUUAUACACUCAGACACAUUACUGGGAGUAUUAUAGCUGUGGAGCUCUGUUAUACACUCAGACACAUUACUGGGAGGGUUAUUGCUGUGGAGCUCUGUUAUACACUCAGACACAUAACUGGGAGUAUUAUUACUGUGGAGCUCUGUUAUACACUCAGACACAUUACUGGGAGUAUUAUUACUGUGGAGCUCUGUUAUACACUCAGACACAUUACUGGGAGUAUUAUUGCUGUGGAGCUCUGUUAUACACUCAGACACAUUACUGGGAGUAUUAUUGCUGUGGAGCUCUGUUAUACACUCAGACACAUUACUGGGAGUAUUAUUGCUGUGGAGCUCUGUUAUACACUCAGACACAUUACUGGGAGUAUUAUUGCUGUGGAGCUCUGUUAUACACUCAGACACAUUACUGGGAGUAUUAUUGCUGUGGAGCUCUGUUAUACACUCAGACACAUUACUGGGAGUAUUAUUGCUGUGGAGCUCUGUUAUACACUCAGACACAUUACUGGGAGUACAUGCUAGCUCUGUGAUACACUCAGACACAUUACUGGGAGUAUUAUUGCUGUGGAGCUCUGUUAUACACUCAGACAUUACUGGGAGUAUUAUUGCUGUGGAGCUCUGUUAUACACAGACACAUUACUGGGAGUAUUAUUGCUGUGGAGCUCUGUUAUACACUCAGACACAUUACUGGGAGUAUUAUUGCUGUGGAGCUCUGUUAUACACUCAGACACAUUACUGGGAGUAUUAUUGCUGUGGAGCUCUGUUAUACACUCAGACACAUUACUGGGAGUAUUAUUGCUGUGGAGCUCUGUUAUACACUCAGACACAUUACUGGGAGUAUUAUUGCUGUGGAGCUCUGUUAUACACUCAGACACAUUACUGGGAGUAUUAUUGCUGUGGAGCUCUGUUAUACACUCAGACACAUUACUGGGAGUAUUAUUGCUGUGGAGCUCUGUUUUACACUCAGACACAUUACUGGGAGAAUUAUUGCUGUGGAGCUCUGUUAUACACUCAGACACAUUACUGAGAGUAUUAUUGCCGUGGAGCUCUGUUAUACACUCAGACACAUUACUGGGAGUAUUAUUACUGUGGAGCUCUGUUAUACACUCAGACACAUUACUGGGGGUAUUAUUGCUGUGAAGCUCUGUUAUACACUCAGACACAUUACUGGGAGUAUUAUUGCUGUGGAGCUCUGUUAUGCACUCAGACACAGUAACAAUAUGGAGCUCCGAGAAAAGAGGGACAGGGAUUUGGGCCCAAAUAUGUGCCUCCUAAACAGCGACACUUGGGAGGUACAGAUUUAUGUAUAGAUGUUUAUUUCUAUCUAAGUAAUCAGGCCACACCAGUGUCUGGUUGAUGUUUGUGUCUACUUAUAUGUGAGUGUCUGUAUUCAUGAGUGCUCUUUUAUAUGUGAGUGUCUGUAUUCAUGAGUGCUCUUUUAUAUGUGAGUUCCCGUUUUAUGUGAAAGCCUGCUUAUAUUCCUUAUCUGCCUACAUGGCAGUAUCUGGUAGUAUAUAUCCGUUUAUAUAAGAUUAUGCGAAUGUACAUCCGUUUAUAUUUGAAGGAUCAUUAAUACAGGUUGGUUGACAACAUUUGCUGAUGCUGGGUGGGUGUGGGGGGCAAGUAAUUUCCUAAAACGCGGCUGUCCUGGGUGUGUUAUAUAGGGAUAAGUAUAGCACCAUGACAGGGGAACAGAUAGUAAGGAGGAAGCUCGAUAUGCCUGGAAAUGUGACUUUAUACUAAAAAGAGGAACACUGAGGCCUGAGAGAUUGGAUCUCAGGGUAACUUCCCCUUUUGUGGUUUAGAGGAGGCUGUGACAUGGAUUUCUUCAGUCUUACUGGCAUAAUAUUUUGGGAAAACUAAUGUGAUGAAAGCUGCUUUUUUUCUGGUGGGAGGUGGUUGGUGCUAUGAGAAUUGAUGGUAACUAUACCAGUUCCUUGACCGGCAGAGACGAGCCCUGACACGGACGUUUAUUAUUAUGCCAGUAUCCACAGCCCUCCAUGUCCAAGUGUGAACGUGUCCCUGGGUGACUAUUAAUCAGUGAUUAACGCAGGAAAUAUCUCUGUUGAAAUAUUGGUUGCACUAGUUGAAAGAGCUGUCCACAUUCUGGAAUAAAUUACGUUUCUUCAAAUUUCCGUCCAUGUUUUAAUUUUGUUCUGUUUUUUCCCCAUAGGUUGCUGAAAUAGGACAUACGAAGCAGAAUGCAGAGCAUUAAAUGUGUGGUGGUUGGUGAUGGAGCUGUUGGAAAGACCUGUCUUCUCAUCUGUUAUACAACAAAUGCAUUUCCCAAGGAGUACAUCCCAACUGUGUUUGACAACUACAGUGCCCAGAGCACCGUGGAUGGAAGAACUGUUAGCUUAAACCUCUGGGACACAGCUGGCCAAGAGGAAUAUGACCGGUUAAGGACACUCUCCUAUCCCCAGACUAAUGUCUUCAUAAUCUGCUUCUCCAUUGCUAGCCCACCAUCGUACGAGAAUGUAAAGCACAAAUGGUACCCUGAGGUGGGCCAUCACUGCCCUAACGUCCCUAUUCUCUUGGUGGGUACAAAGAAGGAUCUGAGAAACAACCCAGAUGUCAUCAAAAAACUGAAGGAGCAGAACCAGAUGCCAAUCACUGUUCAACAAGGAGUGAGUCUAUCUAAGCAGAUCCAUGCAGUGAAAUAUAUGGAAUGCUCAGCGCUAAACCACGAUGGAAUCAAAGAGGUCUUCUCAGAAUCUGUGCGGGCUGUUCUCAACCCAAACCCAGUGAAAGAAAAAAAAUCCUGCUUUAUUUUGUGAAGUUCUCUGCUUCUCCUGAGUUAUAAGCCACAAAUAAUUGUCUUUCUAUGUCAUUACUUGUCAUUACUUUUUUUCACCGCAGCACCAGUGAAAUCUGCAACCUUGUUUAAGCUGACGCCUCUGCAGAUUGUGGAAAGUGUGGAAAAUAAAUUAGGAGUCGGGAGUCAGUACUUUUUAACCUACCAUCCCUGUUCUGUAGGUUAUCAAGAACCCAUUAAGAUCUAAAAUGGAAAUGGACCCAUCUGUAACAAACAAAUAGGUUUAUAUGUUAGUUAUCCUUCUCCCACACUCUUUCUUCUACAUUUCUACUUCGGCUUUAAAUGUCUUAUGUAUUUACCUCUCUAGAACUCCAAGAGUUUAAUAGCAAAAUGAGGUUAAAUUCAUUCUAGGGAUGGAAUCUGGCAGAUUAAUACACGUUCAGUUUUUUCACUUAUGGUUCCAACACUGAGAUAUUGCCGCUUUUUCAUACUAAGAAGAAGUGGAUGAAACGUAUUCCGCAAAUUCUAGCUUAUUGUCUAGUUUGACGUUUUUUUUUAGGAAUAUUUAAGAACCUGAAAUGGAAAACACUGGAUCCACACAGGCAUUUUUGUGGACUCACUUUGAGUUUUUUCCAAUGACUUUUUAAUUCAAUGUGUAUUGGUGUUUAACGCCUUAAGGACACAUGACAUGUGUGACAUGUCAUGAUUCCCUUUUAUUCCAGAAGUUUGGUCCUUAAGGGGUUAAUGGACAAUUACAUGUCAAACAUAGUGCGAAGAGUCUCAUUACAAUGAAUAAAAUGUCAGCUGAUCAAUGAGUGAGUGCAAAAAACGAGGCAGAAAUUGGAGUUUCACUCACAACUAGCAUUUUCUUUGAAACAGACCAAACAACCUUAACCCCUUAAGGACCAAACUUCUGGAAUAAAAGGGAAUCAUGACAUGUCACACAUGUCAUGUGUCCUUAAGGGGUUAAACUCACAUUUCAUGUUCCAAAUUGCUUUCAUUCUAAACAAAUCUAAAUACUUUAGAUUUGUUUCUCAGCUGCUUUGGUUUAGGUCCACCUGCUGUUGACUAGACAACUUUUAAACCGUGUUCGUUCCUUUUGGAAUUUUUAUCAAUCUGUGAAUGUCAUGGUUUGGCAACAUAACAGGACAAAACUAUCCUAAAUUCACGAGUGACUAAAUAGAGGUUACAAUGGUGAAAUGUAACAAAUACCGAUGUGUCUUCAACUAACAGCGAUCUUCUUGGAAGGACUUGAAUCCCAAUGUUGGACUACUUAUGGUAUCCAGCUCGAAAAACCUUCUUAACAAACAGCUGACGCUGGACUUACAUUAAGUGUGGUGUCUUCCAAGGUUCUCCUAUGAAUGCUGGACGACAAGGAUACAUCCAUGUCAAUGUUAAUAGCCAGUUAAUGAUAAACAUCUUUGCUUGUGUGUGUAUUGUGAAUGAGCUGAUUGCUACAGUCCUACCCAGUAAAGGUCUUGGCCGGGUUACUUGCUAAAGUGCGAUCUAUCUGAAUUUGAAAGUAAAUUUCAGUGGAAAGGCUUCAUUAUCCAAACUAGAAGGACUUUGAAUUAAUCUUGAAUUUUGUUUUCACCAGUUCCCAGAAUGUCCAAAUAUCCAAAACAUCAGUUGGUUCCAGAGCCAAAGGCACUUUAUUUGUAAAUCGGUUUUCCUUUAUUACUGAUAUUCCUGAGACGUUUCAUUGUAUGGUACUUGGCAAAGAAAAGGGAUUUUAAAAAAACAGAAUCUUUAACAAAAAAGCAAAAAAAAGAAAAACGAAGGAAAAACCCCAACAAACACAAACCCGCUGUUUCUUUUAUAUACAGUUAGUAUGUUUUAUGAAAAAUUCCUAGAAUAUUAAAUAAAUGAAUAAACGGUUCUAGCAGUUCUGUGAAACCUGGAAAAGUGAUUUGAAAUAAAUGCAGCCUAUAGAUUCGAUUCCAUUUCAGAUAAUGAUGGGUGUACAUCUCCCCACGUGGAUUUGUAACAAUAGUCUCAAUGCUCUGUGCACAUUGGCUCUUAAGCCGGUAUAAUUGUCUUUGUUUCUGUCUAUUGUUGUUGGAACAGAAUGACUCAAGGUUUUCCCAUUGUAGUGUCUUGAGAAGCAGUUUUAAGAUUUUGAUAAAUAAUGUUGUAGAACAUGUUUGUCACUUCUAAAGUAGACUGUAAUCUACCCCCUAGAUACUCGAAACACCAACGUUAUAAAUUAUCUGGACAACGGUUAAAGGUUUAAAUCUGACCACAUCAGUGUUUAAAAGUGGUCGUGGUGCCAGGAAUCAAACGUUGCACAUACCGAGUUUAACUCCUUUGCUGCCAGCAAAGUCGCCUCCAGCAGCAUCGUUGGGUCUUCAUUAGCCGGUCUAGAACUAGCGUUCCGGGCUGGCCAAUGUCAAUUCUGUACAGAUUUAAUUGCACAGAAAGUCAUCAAUUGGUUGCAGAGUCUGGACGUACGUCACCAAAGCAGGAGGGAGCGUUGGAGCCCGUCAGGGACCCAGGUAAGAGGGCAUGAUUCCUGCGUCCGGCGCGGGACAUCCGAUCCGCCUGUGAGAGGAUUCCGCAUCGGGUGCUGGAGAGAGACCAUGACACCUUCUAGAUUACAAUAUCCAGGUAUAGUCUUAAAUUAGAGGGACAAAGGUUUUAAAAUAAUAUCAGGAAGUAUUACUUUACUGAGAGGGUAGUGGAUGCAUGGAAUAGCCUUCCAGCUGAAGUGGUAGAGGUUAACAGUUUGUCCCAUUACCAGGAAUGGAGUUCUUCUGGCAUAAUAACCAUCACAACUGCUGGAGUAAGCCUUUAGGUCUGUUUGUUUACGGCAGACAGGAAGCAGAGUCAGGUAUUCAGUAAGCAAAUCUACACCCCUUGAUUUAAAGUCACCAUGAGGGACAUGUGGGAUGUGAUGUGGUCUCACCUGUCUCCUGCUCUGCCCGUCAUGGUUUGGGAUCCCGGGGACGCUGGUGUAUUUUGUGCCUUUUGGCUACAAAUCCUUUCAGUCUUGUUACAGUGCAGCCACCACCCAGUAACUCUGGGAGUGAUUUCUUUAUUAGUCAUCACAAGGUUUCCUCCGCUUAACUCACAAAUAGAGCCAGUAUAGUUUACUAAGCAAAGCAUUGUUUUAUUCAUUGUGUCGUCUAUAUAUUUUAUAUCUUCUGAGUAUUAUUUUCUUUGGCUUCUCACCAACAAUGUUAGUUUUCUUUGAUGUUUUUAAUAAAUACAUGUGAUAUAUAAAAGGACACAUUGUGACAAUUAAGUGUAUUUAUAACUAAUACGUACCAUAAUGCUAAAGAAAC